AUGUCGAAAGUAUUUGUCACUGGAGCCAGUGGGUUUAUUGCACAACACAUUGUGAAACAAUUGCUCGAUUCUGACUAUGAAGUGGUGGGAACCGUCAGAAGCAAAGACAAGGGCGAAAAAUUGUCGAGUUUCUUUGGUGGGAAGUUCACCUAUGAAAUAGUCCCAAACAUGAUUGACAAAGGAGCUUUUGAUCUUGCCUUGAAAAAUCACCAGGAUGUCAAAUAUUUAUUGCACACAGCUUCUCCGUUUUUCUAUGAUACCACCGAUCCGGAGAACGAUUUGGUGAUUCCUGCUAUCAAAGGUACUGAAAACAUCUUAAAAUCAAUCCAGACUUUCGGAAGCCAGAUCGAGAGAGUGGUGGUCACUUCAUCAGAUGCAGCCAUUUAUUCCGAUGUUGAUGAGCAAAAUGGGUCAUUGUCUAUGGACGAAACCAGCUGGAACAACAUUACCUACGAAGAAGCUAUCAAAAACCCUAUUGCUGCUUACUAUGGAGCCAAAUCAUUUGCAGAAAAGUUAGCGUGGAAAUUUGUCGAGACCGAGCCUGUGAGUUUCAAACUUGCUGUGGUUAACCCAGUGUAUGUCUUUGGGCCCCAGGUCAAUCCCCAAGAUGCAAAGGGGAAACUUAACACGUCAAACGAGUUAAUCGGGUCACUUCUAUCCUUGAAAGAUGAUUCCUUCGACACUGAUAAAGGAGGUUUUGUGGAUGUAAGAGAUGUUGCCAAGGCCCACCUUGCUGCUAUGGUCCAAAAAGAGGCGGUUAACAAGAGAUUGUUCAUGACUGGGGGAAAGUUUAGUACGCAAAUGCUCUUGGAUAUUCUCAACAAGCAUUUUCCCGAGUUGAAGCUACCAAAGGGUAAGGUGGGCAAUGGACCAGCCGAGAUUGCUACUUUGGCGAAAACUAACAACGAUAAAACCAAGGCCAUCGUGAAGUUUGAGUUCACACCUUUAGAAAAGAUUGUGGUGGAUACUGUCAGUCAGAUUCUCUAUUAG